AUGUGUGGCAUUUUCUUCUCGCUGAGCAAUGAGAAGCACUGUUAUCCGAGCCAAUUGACGGAGAAGCUUAUCCAGCACAGAGGUCCAGACAGCUACCAGACAGUGUGUGUUCGUGUUAACCAGACGGCAGCCUACCUAACUUUCGUGUCUUCUGUACUUGGACUUCGAGGAGACUCUAUUCAGAAGCAGCCGCUGGUAGAUGAUAACCAAUCGGUCCUCUGCUGGAAUGGCGAGGUAUGGAAGUUUGCAGACCGCGCGCUAGAUGGAAAUGACACCUGCGUUAUUUUUCAGUCUUUCAUGGAUGCGGUGAAGCCUCGCAACGGUGAAGGAGCUGAGAAUACAUUAGAGAAACUAUGUACUGCAGUUAACAACAUCUCAGGCCCCUUUUCGUUUGUGUUUUAUGACAGUUGCUCGUGCCGGAUAUUCUAUGGAAGAGAUUACCUUGGUCGACGGUCCUUGCUCCAUGGGUGGAGUAGUGAUGGGAAUUUUCGAAUAUCCAGUAUUCGGGAUGGAAACAUAUCGGACUACUUUGAAGAAGUAGAUACUACUGGAAUUCAUGUCAUUGAUCUGACUAGCCCGCCCGAACAGGAGAACACGGAAGCCAAUGCUGGAACACCCACAUGCCCGGUCAAGACUUUUGUUAUCCCAUGGUCCCCUGAUCCGACGUUGAGUCUUAAACGGCCUAUCCCUGCUAUGGAUACAUCUCUCCCGGAGAGGGGCUCUGCGUCUCCCCUAGCCAUUGACUCCCUAUGUAUAGAAAUUCUACAAGAAAAACUACUGGAGUCGCUUAGACUACGAUUAUUGACGGUACCGGACAUUUUAACCUCAACGGAAACUAAAGUUGCCAUCCUUUUCUCUGGUGGCCUCGAUUGCACCUUGGUUGCGAGACUAGCACAUGAUGUAUUGCCUAUGAAAGCGCCAAUAGACCUUCUUAAUGUGGCGUUUGAGAAUCCACGGGUAGUGGCCGCAGCUACCAAAGGCUCGAUCUCUGGAACUUCAUCAACUUCCGUGUAUGAUGAUUGCCCCGAUCGCAGGACUGGCCUAUCGUCGUUUCAGGAAUUAAAAAAGGUCUGUCCUGGCCGGGAAUGGCGGUUCGUCCGCAUUGAUGUUCCGUAUACCGAAACCAUGGAACAUCGACCACGGGUCAAACAUUUGAUGGCACCACACAAUACAGAGAUGGACCUCUCCAUUGCCUGUGCUCUCUACUUUGCUUCAAGAGGCAAAGGUAUGCACCACUCCGAGUAUAGCAACGGGGAAACAGGAAUCAACUAUACCACACCUGCUCGUGUCCUUUUAUCGGGUUUAGGCGCAGAUGAAGUGUUUGCUGGAUACAGUCGUCAUGCCAUCGCUUUCUCACGACAUGGGUUUCGUGGCCUAAUAGACGAAGUCCAGCUUGACGUUGGCAGGUUAGGCAAGCGGAACCUAGGCCGUGAUGAUCGCGUAAUAUCUCAUUGGGGCAAAGAAGCACGAUAUCCAUAUUUGGAUGAAGACUUUUUGACAUGGGCACUUUCUCGGCCUAUAUGGGAGAAAUGCGGAUUUGGGUGCGAGGAAGUUAAGAUAGAGCAAGAGCCAGACGUGGAAGAUGGCAAGAAAGCCUUGCGUCUAGUUGCGUGGAAACUAGGCAUGAAGGAUGUAGCCAUGGAGAAGAAGAGAGCAAUACAGUUUGGAUCUCGGACAGCAAAAAUGGAGAGUGGAAGAAGCAGAGGUACACAAAUCCUUGAGUGA